GCUGUUAGUUAGCUAGAAACAGCUAAAAAAAUAUUUUGAUUCAAAGAAUUGUACUUCCCACAAUAGCGUUGGCAUUAGUUUGUUUUAACGUUUUUUAUUUGAUUUCCUCUUGUAAUAUAUAUGUAAAAAGUGUCUAAACCUUUUGCAAACAUUUGUUUAACUUUAAAAAUGGAACAGGAAGGUGGAUCGACUUAUUUACAUCCGUUAACAUUGGAGUCUCAACUAUUCCUCAACUCUUUAGAGACUUACAGCCAAAAGUACAAUCAAAUUGACACAAACUUAUGUGAUAUAUUGAACAAUAUUGUGCUCGGUAUACAAAAGUUUUUGGAUCAAAAUCCCGAACCCAUUGUGGCUACGGAGAAAACUAAGUUAGUUCAACGUAAUGAUUUAGCAGCAAUACAGAGUAUUUACCACUGCAACAUUUGCAAAAAGGAUUUGGGAAAAACAGCUGACAAAGCAGCACUACAUCUAGUGGCGAAGCAUGAAAUUAAACCCAAUCCAAUCAACAGAGAAAAGAAAAAAGCUCAAAAGAAAGCGGCUGAAACUAAGCUGAACAAAUUGCCGAAAAAAGGUAGAGCAUUGGUUAUGGGCGAUUUUGCGAAAUUUUUUGCCGAUCAAUUGCAAGUUGCAGAAAAAAUUAAACAAAUUCCAGAAUAUGAAGUCAUAGAAAAUGCAUUGUUAACAGCGUUAAAAAAGGCGGUCCCCAGCAAGAGUAUCAAAUUGUAUAAAUUUGGUUCUCGUAUUACUGGCAUUGGAGCGCGCCAUUCGGAUUUGGAUAUCUACGUUGAUAUUGGUGGACAAUUUAAUGUUUUCGAACAAACUGCCAGCGAUGAAACGCUUAAUAACUACGAUCGCAUUUAUGAAGUCAUUAAGAAAAGUUCUAUCGAUUGGGAUCAAAUUCGUGCUAUUCGUGCGGCACGUGUACCCAUAAUACGUAUGACUAAUAGAAAGACAAAUAUUGAAUGCGAUGUUGGAUUUUCAAACAGUCUUAGCUAUUGCAACACGCAGUUACUGGAGUAUAUUUUCCAACAACAGCCACUAGCACGUCGACUUUGUAUUUUUAUGAAGAAGUGGUUGGAGCGCACGCGUUUGAACGAACAUAUCACCACAUAUUGCAUGGCCCUGAUGGUCAUUUAUUAUCUACAAGUCAAAAAGUGCUUGCCCUCAAUCGAGACGCUUCAGAAGAAUAUGUUAGCCAAUGUUUUGGUUGGACCGUGGAUCGGCAACUUUAAUAACAUACCGUUGAAUGCUUUAGGGAUGGAAGAGCUUGGCGUCAGUCCACCAUGUUGCAAGCAGCACAUUAAAGAAUUUUGUCAAUAUUACGCAAAUUUCAAGUACGAAUUGCAUGUCGUUUGCCCCUAUUUUGGACGUCCAAAUAUAGAAAUUAAGAAUUUCGAAAACUUAAUGCCGGAACGUUAUACCAAUUAUAUUACAAAUGAUAACUCAGCUACAAAAGAGUGGGGCUUACAACUGAAUGCCCAAAUCGUCGUACAAGAUCCGCUUCAAUUGAAUCAUAAUGUUGCAAAGCGUUGUAGCAAAUUGCACCUGAAAGAAUUAGUGGACUAUUUGAAACAAUCCGCCGAAAUUUUAGUCGAUUCUAAUUAAAAGCAUAUAUUUAUCAAUUUCUAUUUUAUUUCUUACUCAAUAAUUUGUAGUAAUUUUUUUGUUUCUCUACGUUGAAUUAGUUUGUAUUAACAUGAUCGCGUAGUUCAUGUCUAAUUAAUAUAAUUUUUGUACGAUUAUUAAUGAAGUGCCAGUCAGUGGUUUUAAAAAUCUGAAAUCAGUACAAAUAUUAUGCUUAUAUAUUACAAUUAAAUGCUUUACUACACAUAUACUAUAUGUACAUUUAAGAAAUGUAUGUUUAUAAUAAAACUUUUAAGAAUAAAAAGGUGCUGAAAAUCAAAA